AUGGCUAUGGUGAUGUGGACGAUUUGGCACCGGCGAAAUCAACUCCGAGUAAGCUCCAACGUCUUCCCCAAAGCCCAGGUCCUUCAACAAGCCAUACAAGCUCUUGCAAUGUUUCAACAGAGCCAACAAUCUCUCAUCAAUAAUGUAGCAGUCACGAGACCUUCACACCGUGUUCAGUGGAGUCCUCCUCCAGCAAAUUGUGCCAAAUUGAAUUUCGAUGGUGCCGUUUUUCCGAAGUUGGGCAAAGCCAGUCUAGGCGUGGUUGUCCACGACAGUCAUGGAAAUGCCAUUGCUUCACUGUCAGAGCAAGCUCCAUUACCGUUUUCACUUGACAUCGUGGAAGCCAUGGCUGCUGCAAGAGCGAUAACCUUCACACAAGAACUUGGUAUCAAGGAGUUUAUGCUCAAAGGGGAUUCAGAAGCAGUAAUAAACACUCUCCAAAGCACGGAAGUCUCAUUGACAACUUAUGGCCAUCUUCUUGAAUCUGCAAAAUCCACUCUAACUACCAAUAAAUGUAUUGCUUUCACCCAUGUUCGUAGAAUGGGUAAUAGAGUAGCUCAUAACUUAGCUAAAUAUGCUAGACAUGUUAGAGGUUUGUCGAUGUGGGUGGAGGAUAUUCUACCACACCUUUAUAAUGUACUCUUUGCUGAUCCCGACUGA